AUGCCUCCGCCGACGACAGAUGUUUCUCUGACAAGAUCAGCCACCUUCCUGGUCCUAACUAUUACCGACCAUCCGGAAUCUGCGCAAAAGGUCAGGUCGACGCUGGCUGGCCUAGGAGACCUCGCAAAAAACAUCGCUGCACGUGAUCCCGACGCCCGCUUUGCUUGUACUGUGGGCAUCGGCGCAUACGUAUGGGACAGAAUCAUACAAGCUCCUCGACCAGCCGAACUUCACCCGUUCCAAGCAAUCUCUGGAAGUAAGCAUGAAGCUGUCGCAAGUCCAGGGGACUUGCUUUUCCAUAUUCGCGCGGAACGCCGAGAUAUGUGUUUUGAAUUCGAGCGCCAACUUAUGGAUCGUUUAGGCUGCGCUGUUAUGCUGGUCGACGAGACUGUGGGAUUCCGCUAUUUCGAUUUACGAGAUCUUCUUGGCUUUGUCGAUGGCACUGCAAAUCCGGUUGGGCCCUAUGUGCCUCAGGCAAUAUUGGUUUCCGAAGAGGACAAGGCCGCAAAAGGCGGCACGUAUAUUGUGGUACAAAAGUAUGUGCACGAUCUGCAGAAAUGGCGGGCUAUGUCAACGGAGCUACAAGAGGCUGUCAUUGGCCGCACUAAGUUCGACAAUAUCGAGCUUGAAGAUGCCCCCGGUGGAAAGCAAAAGUCCCAUAAAGAACUGGCAACGAUUACAGACGCGGAUGGAAACGAACACGAAAUCUUUCGAGACAAUAUGCCUUUUGGAUCACCGGCUUCUGGACAGUAUGGGACCUACUUCAUUGGAUAUUCUCGCCAUCUUUGGGUCAUAGAGAAGAUGUUAGAACGAAUGUUUGUUGGAGAGCCGCCGGGUCUGCACGACCGCAUUCUGGAAUUUUCUAAGCCUUUGACGGGCACGACAUUUUUCGCGCCAGCAUCCAGCCUCCUUGAUACUCUAGAUUAG